CCGACGUGCGCUAUGGCGGCACGCCCUCGCAGCUGCCCUCCAUGCACGCCCGCACCCGUCUCUGUCCUCUUCCACCCCCUGUCCUUAUCCCCUCACCUGGCCGCCGAGCUCCACAAACACAAGUCGCCCUCCCCUCGUCGGCGGGAGCUUCUUCUUCCUCUGCCUCGGCUCAUCUUGUGUGAUGCCCCUAAUCCAAGAACUGCCCAGGCAGAAAAAUUUCUGAAAGAAACACACGGAUCAGAUUGCUUUCGCCGUGUGUGCGUGCGUGUGUAUAGACAGGGGGAAAGAGGUCGAUCGACGAUCAAGACCCGAGCGCAAGACAGGGCAGAUUUGUUGAGUAGCGAUCGAGGGAGCGAGGAAGGACAGAGAUGGAGCAGGUGCUGAACGCGGUGAUGGACCUGGUGGUGCCGCCGGCGAGCAUGGUGAUGCUGGCGUUCGCGUGGCCGACGCUGUCCUUCCUGCGCGGCGUCGAGUGGGCGCUCAAGACCCUCACCAAGGAGGACAUGCUCGGCAAGGUGGUCGUCAUCACCGGCGCCUCCUCCGCCAUCGGCGAGCAAAUCGCGUACGAGUACGCGAGGCGGAACGCGAACCUGGUGCUGGUGGCGCGGCGGGAGCAGCGGCUGUUCGGGAUACGCGACAACGCGCGGCUGCUGGGUGCGGGGCAGGUCCUCGUCAUCGCCGCCGACGUCGUCAAGGAGGACGACUGCCGGAGGCUCGUCAGCGACACCGUCGGCUACUUCGGCCAGCUGAACCAUCUGGUGAACACCGUGAGCUUGGAGCACGAUUUCAACUUCGAGGAGGCCGCGGACACCACGGCUUUCCCUCACCUCAUGGACAUCAACUUCUGGGGAAACGUUUACCCGACCUACGCCGCCCUCCCCUACCUGCGUCGGAGCCAAGGUCGCGUCGUCGUGAACGCGUCCGUCGAGAGCUGGCUGCCCAUGCCCAGGAUGAGCCUCUACUCGGCGGCGAAAGCCGCGGUGGUUGACUUCUACGAGACGCUCCGGUACGAGGUGAAGGACGACGUGGGCGUGACGGUGGCGACGCACGGGUGGGUCGGCGGCGACGCCGGCGGCGGCAGGUUCACGCUGGAGGAAGGCGCGGCGGAGAUGCAGUGGAAGGAGGAGCGGGAGGCGACGCUGUCGGGAGGGCAGGUGGAGGCCUACGCGCGGGCGCUGGUGGCCGGCGCCUGCCGCGGCGACGCCUACGUCAAGCGCCCCAGCUGGUACGACGUCUUCCUCGUCUUCCGCGUCUUCGCGCCCGACGUCCUCGCCUGGACCUUCCGCCUCCUGCUGUCCACGGCCGCCCAGAGCACGGCUCCCACCACGGCGGCCGCCCGUCGCCCGCCGCCCGCCGCGCUGCCGGCCCCGCCGGUCCGGCCGCUGCUCGAGUACCCGGCGGCGGCUCGGAGGACGGCCGCCGCCCAGAUGCAGAAGCUGGAAUAAUGAGACUGCGGUGCACCGUGCACGAGCACAUGUUUGCGAACGAUGCUUUGAUCUCUCAACUCUUCUGGGAGUAAAAACUGGUCCUCCAUUGCAUUCGCAGGUUUAUGUACCAAAUAUGAACUGAUUUCGUUUGGUCUCUCGAAUAAAUCGCCGGGUUUGUACGGCAAACUUGCA